AUGAAGCAGCUAUUGGCUUCGCUGUCCUUAGGGGCUCUUCUUGCCGUCUCAUCUGUGUCCGCUGGACUAAACAACGUUAAGGAGCAAGAACCUAUGCGCCCUCCCAUCGAUCCGCUCAAGUAUCGAGCAGCCUGUCCAGACUACAAGAACUAUGCGAUGCGACCACAUCCGCCGUAUAGCACCGGCCCCAUGGAACUACCCUUCCAACGACCGUCCAAAUACUGCCGAACUUUCGAAUCGCCUCUCGUCGAAAAGGUCAUCGAUGACAUGAACGAGAAGAUGGUCGACAAAGACCUCGCUCGUCUCUUUGAAAACGCGUUCCCCAACACACUAGACACUACCGUACGCUGGCAUGUCGGUGAUACUGUGAAGCAUAAGACUUCAAAGCGAAGUUGGGAUCCAGCAGCUUGGAAGGGAGCACAGAGUUUCAUCGUUACGGGAGACAUCAACGCUGAAUGGCUACGCGACUCUACGAACCAGCUAGCACAAUACCAGCUGCUAGCCAAGAAAGACAAGGAGAUCCACCAACUCAUUCUGGGAGCCAUCAACACACAGGCCGAGUACGUCAUCGGAUCACCAUACUGUAAUGCCUUUCAACCGCCUCCACCGAGUGGCCUCAACCCAACCUUUCAAGGCGACGGCGACAAAGUACAUCCAAACUAUGAGGAGUCAUUCGUCUUUGAAUGCAAGUACGAACUCGACUCUCUCGCCCACUUUCUCUCCUUGUCGAACCAGUUCUACAACCAUACCGACUCCACCGAGUUCAUCAACGCUCGUUGGCUCCUCGCUCUCGACACACUUCUCGGUGUGCUCAAGGAGCAGUCAAAGCCUACCUUUAACGAGAAGACAGGCGCAUACCAGGGCAACGAGUACACAUGGCAGCGCCAGACCAACAUCGGCACCGAAACGCUCAGCCUAAACGGUCUCGGUAACCCUCUCAACGGCGGCACAGGGCUCGUCCGCUCUGCCUUCCGCCCCAGCGACGAUGCAACAAUCCUCGGCUUCUUCAUCCCCGCCAACGCCAUGAUGGCCGUCGAGCUCCUCCGCACAGCCGCCAUUCUCAAGAAAGCGGGCAAGAAACACAUAGCAACUGAAGUGGAGACCUGGGGCGAGACAAUCCAAAAGGGCAUCUGGGAACACGGUGUUGUGACACACAAGAAAUACGGCGAGGUCUUUGCAUUCGAAGUCGAUGGCUAUGGGUCUUCCAUCUUGAUGGAUGACGCUAACCUGCCCUCUUUACUCGCUUUACCUCUGCUCGGCUUUACGGAUACAAACAACAAGAUCUACAAGAACACGCGCAAGAUGAUACUGGAGAAGCACGGCAAUCCCUAUUACCUCACCGGCUCCGACUUUGCGGGCAUCGGCGGUCCCCACGUCGGCGUGCGAAACGCUUGGCCCAUGGCUGUCCUCGUUCAAGCUAUGAGUAGCGAUGACGACGAUGAGAUUAUGAAGUGUCUUGCUGCAGUCAAGAAAGUAAGUCCGUUGGGACUCAUACACGAGAGUGUGAAUGUGCAGUCUGGAAAAUCAUACACAAGGAGUUGGUUUGCGUGGGCAAAUUCAGUCUUUGCGCAGACGGUGUUGGAUUUGGCGCAGAGAAAGCCACAUUUGCUGUUUGGUAAGGGUGCUGAGGCAUAUACUGUUGGUUGA